GCUACCCGCGGGCGGUAGCGGCCGCUCUCGAGGUUCAAUCCCACGAUACGCGCGCUGAACGAGUGGAGUGACGAUGGACGAACAGGUGUCGUAUUGGGCCGCGCCGCCCCGAGUAGUACCGACAAGCCUCCUUCAAGCAGCCAUGCCCAUAACGACUGCGACGAGCAUACACCGCGGGCGCAUUCCCUGCCACCGCUCCCCCUUCCCUCCUCCUCGCGAGUCAAAUCUCGCUCGCCUCCCUUCCCCCUAUCCGAUCGAGCAGCAUCCCCCGGAACCCCAAUGCUGGCUAAACAACUGCAUGCGCACGUCCACCUACUUCCGACGAUUGCGCUGAGCUGCCACGGUGCGGUACGGUUGCUCCUGGUCUCCCCCUUAUGCCUCCCCCUAUCUUGACUCGGCGAGUUGUCUUCAAUUGUCCUCCACUCCUCUUUUUCCCCUCUGCAAUGACCUGUCUACUAGAUCUCAGUAUACUCAAAAAUGCACUCUGGAGAUCUCUGCAGUAUGGUAGCAGCACCCGGAUUUGAACACGGAACUUGGUGCUGACCUCACACACUGCUCGCGGGUGCGGG